CUUGUUUGGUACAAGUGGAACAUUGUCAAAAGCAAACGAAAAGGAGGCCAAGAAGAACCUCAACAAAAAAGACGUCAAUUAUAUGUUAAAGAAGAAAUGUCUAGAACUCAUUAAACUACAAAGACGCCGACUGAAGGAUGAUGAUAUUGCAGAUGAAAACGAGUAUACAUUUCUCAUCAAGUAUUUCAGCAAAGUUUUAACCAUUGCUCGUCACAGUAACAAAAGCGUCUGGAAAAUUAAAUGGGGAGAAACAAAGCUCGCGGCGUCGAAAGAAGAAGAAAAUUUAGCGAAAAAGACGACGAGUACAGAGCCUCAGGUGCAUCUAUUGAUGCUAUCCUUGCUUCAAAAGAGUUUGAAUUGGAGUUCCUCUUGCUCGAGCAAAAAUCUAAAAUACGUAUUUAAAAGCAUUUUGAGGCAGAAGCUUGUCGUUUCUGAUGCCACCAAAAUCAGAUUGUAUGGAGUUCAAGUGUACAGGAACACCGUGUAUGUGUACAUGUUGAUGAUGGCAAUUGAUGAAUAUCUUCUGUUUCGUAAAAGCUAUGAGCUUCAAAAUACCAGUCAGUCAAGCAACUUAUGUCAAGGAUACCCCUCGUUACAUCAAAAAUAUUGAUAAGAUGGUUAGCAUUAUACACGACGGGUACCUCGGAUUGAAAGACUACAUAACUAUGCACGAUGAAUACGGCUCAGACGAAAGUUAGUCCGAUGAAGAUGGCAAUUUGUACACCAUCUUAUACCCCUCCUCAAAAAGUCUCAUUAAGGAGAAAAGAUGGCCCUUCCUCCUCAGAGCCCAGCGACAAGAAACAGAAAGGGUAAGUGUUGGAUCGAUGAAGAUCGUUUAGAUGAACAGAAUCAACUG